UCUCUCUCUCUCCCUGUGUGUGCGCGUGUAUGUGUGUGUUAUUUUCCAUCCCGACACAUUUUUGCAGCAUAUCAUUGCAGACAAGCUGUAGACUAUAGGAUGUGUUCGCGUCCAUGUGCACAUUUAGCACACUUAAUAAUCAAUAUUUUUAUAGUGUUAUUUUUGCACACAGAGUGUGAGAGGCUGCAGCAGAGUGAAGAGGGGCCAAGGGGGGGCCGCGUUCUGUCGAAGAACUCAAGUGAAUAGAAGUGGAAGCGGGCGUGGUGACGUCACGGGUCCACAUUGAGCCAGUAGUGCUUUGAGUCAGCGGCAGACAGACGAACGCCCCACUAAAGUCCACACCGACAUGAACUUCUCCCUGUAGAACCACACCGACGUUGCUCGCUAAGCCGGGACAGGACGACUUUUAGCCGGAACUUGCUUUUUUUUUUACCCGCGUUCGAAAGGGAGAGGAAAAAAAAGAGGAGAAAAAGCAGCUGAUUUUGGGUUUUGUUUUUAGGGGGUCGACGACGAGCGCCAUGUCGUCCGCGGCGGUCGCUGCUUCUUCCAGGAGGCAGUCGUGUUAUUUGUGCGACCUGCCCCGCAUGCCCUGGGCCAUGAUUUGGGAUUUUACCGAGCCCGUGUGCAGGGGAUGUGUCAACUACGAGGGAGCGGACCGCAUCGAGUUUGUCAUCGAGACGGCCCGACAGCUCAAGCGGGCUCAUGGCUUCCAGGAGGGCAGGUCUCCCGGGCCCGUCAAGUCACAGCUCUCCGGGAAGGAGAUCCAGGCGAUCAACCACGCUGCGGCGGGGGACCCCGGCUCGCGGCCGCCGCAACCGCUGGACCGCUACCCGCUCUCCUCCGAGCGGCCCCCCAGGCUGGGCUCCGAGUACCAGUCUAGCAGGCAGGCGAACGGCAUCCCCGUCCCCAAUGGAUUUCCUAAGCCCGACGAGCCUCCGGAGCUGAACCGCCAGAGUCCAAACCCGCGGAGGAAUAGCACGGUGCCCCCGAAUCUUGUGCCUUUAGUGAACGGGAGCAUGCCCCCGGUGCACGCCGUCAACGGCAGGCCGGGCCAGAUGGGGCUUCCCUCCGCCCUGGCCGGUAGUCCCGCCGAGCUGGGCAAGAGACCCGCCUCGGUGUCCAGCACCGAGCACGACCGGGAGGGCAAGGAGAAGCACAGACCGGACAGCCUGACACCGGAGAUCUCGGAAGGCCACAAAGGCAGAGCGGAGCCGGACUGGAUGGGCAAGGGAAAGACGGUGCGGGACCUGAUGGCUCUGCACACCUUCGACAGCCGCUUCAAGAUGGACCAUGCGGCCAUGCAACAAAGGGUGAAGGGCUAUGACGGCAGCGCAUCGGCUUCCAAGUCAGACAGAGGAAAGCACCCCCGCAGCAUGAAGAGAAAAGCGUCACCUGAACCAGAGGGCGAGGGCACAGCCGCCAAGCUCAAUGGAGCGGAAGGACAGCAGUGGUUACCCCCACCUUCCGACGGACUCAAAAUGCCACCGGUUCCCCCUCCCAGCUUCGCCUCCCCCCCUUCCACGAUAUCCCCCCACUCCCGCACCACCCCACCCGAGGCGGCCCAGAACGGCCAGUCCCCCAUGGCGGCGCUCAUCAUGGCGGCAGACAACGCAGGCGGGAACAGCUCACCCAAGGACGCCAACCAGGUCCACUCCACCACCCGCAGGAACAGCAGCAGCCCCCUGUCGCCGUCCUCCAUGAGUCAGAGGAGACUGGCGCAGAGAGAUGCAUCGGGUGCAGGUACCCCCCACGUGCCAGGCAUGGACCAAGUGCACCCCCAAAGCAUUCCGGACUCCUCGGUACCGGGCAGCAUACCCCUGUGCUGCACGCUGUGCCACGAGCGUUUGGAGGACACCCACUUUGUUCAGUGCCCGUCUGUGCCCUCUCACAAGUUCUGCUUCCCAUGCUCGAGGGAGAGCAUAAAGCAGCAAGGUGCCACGGGUGAAGUGUACUGUCCGAGCGGGGAGAAGUGUCCCCUGGUGGGCUCCAACGUACCGUGGGCUUUCAUGCAGGGGGAAAUUGCCACCAUCCUUGCAGGAGACGUCAAAGUAAAAAAGGAGAGGGACCCUUGAUUUGGUUUGAAGCAGACAAAAUGAGUAUAAAUAUAUAAAUAUCACAUACAUACCAUUCAGACUAACAGACUUGUACAUAUUGGACCCAAGGGAAGAGUAUACUUCGUAAACAUGGUUGUAUAAUUUUUGAUUUUUCAAUACAUUGUGUUUCUAUAUUUUUGAAGAUAAAGGUAUGUACUCAUUAUAAUGAACUACGUUCCUCUGUUGAUGUUUAACAAAAUUCUCGAUGUACUUCUAGGUCUGGUGGCAGUUCCUGUUUAACGUAGAAUGUGACUAAUGCUACUCUACGAGCACUUGGCAAAACUGAAAUGCUUUUAGCUGUACUUGUAUGCACUUGUUUUAAAAAAAAAAAAUUGCCAAAUACAAUUUCUUGAUCUUGUAUGAA